GAAGCGCUGCGGACGGCGGCGGGUUGCUCCUGAACUAGGCUCGCUUUGCAUUGGGCGAGGCGGCGGCAGUUGGCGCCGUUGAUUGCUCUCCUUCUCGCUCCUGGCGACCUCGGCGGAGGAUGGAAGAGCGGGGAAGAGGAGGAGGAGGAGGAAAGCACGGCAGCCGGAGCAACGCGGACCCCUCGCUCCAUUUGAGAGAAACCAAAUGAAGAUUUCAAGCCUGUGGAAUGUAUGAUAAAGAGUGGGAAUGACCAAACUAAAGACUGCUUGAAACCAUCAGCAGCAAACGGAGGAGCAGUUUUGAAGGCACAUGUUGUGCAUUUGGAAUGUUUCCUGUUGGGUAGCAUCAAGAGGGAGAGGCCAUCCAUAGCCUCACCAGGUGCAGUGUAAGACAUACCAGUCAUCUUAGCUUUUGACAUGAAGAAAGAUAUAGAUGCUUUAAUAGCAGAAGAAAGGGCAGAAAUCAUUGAUAAGUAUGAGAAGGGAAGGCAAGAUGGAACUCAGAUUGAUCCAUGGGAAGAUGCUGACUUUGCUCUUUACAAAGUUACAGACAGAUUUGGGUUUUUGCAUGAGCAUGAGUUACCAAUUCACAGUGCUCUGGAAGAAAAGCAAAAAGCUCAGGAGAUUGAAAGAGUGGAUAAAUGGCUGAAGAUGUUAAGAAAGUGGGGAAAAUACAGAAACGGUGAAAAGAUGUUCCGCAGAGUUUAUAAAGGGAUUCCCCUCCAAGUACGAGGUCAAGUCUGGUCACUCUUACUGGAUAUUGAAAAGAUUAAGAUGGAGAAUGAAGGAAAGUAUGAGAAAAUGAAAGAACAAGCCAGAAGCUUCUCAUCAGAAAUCAAACAAAUAGAUCUGGAUGUCAAUCGCACUUUUCGAAACCACAUCAUGUUUCGGGACCGCUAUGGAGUAAAACAACAAGCUUUGUUCCAUGUCCUGUCAGCUUACUCUGUUUACAACACGGAAGUGAGUUACUGCCAGGGCAUGAGUCAGAUUGCAGCUAUCUUGUUGAUGUAUUUGAAUGAAGAGGAUGCCUUUUGGGCCCUGGCACAACUGCUUACCAACCAGCGGCAUGCAAUGCAUGGAUUUUUCAUUCCUGGAUUUCCAAAGUUGCAGAGAUUCCAAGCUCACCACGAAGCAAUCCUAAACAAGCUUUUCCCAAAGUUGAAGAAACACUUGGAUAAGGAGCAGAUGUUGACAGGAAUUUAUACAACUAAGUGGUUCUUACAGUGCUUCAUUGACCGGACUCCGUUUACACUAACCCUGAGGCUGUGGGAUAUUUACAUCCUAGAAGGAGAGCGGGUUCUUACUGCUAUGGCAUACACCAUUCUCAAACUGCAUAAAAAACGCUUGUUGAAAAUGAACCUCGAAGAUCUGCGGGAAUUUCUGCAAGAAAAAAUUGCUGCUUCUCUGCAGUUUGAAGAUGAUACUGUAAUUGAGCAUUUACAAGCAUCCAUGGCAGAACUGCGUAAAAUGAAAUUUGAUCUUCCACCUCCACCAAAAUCUGAAGAAUUCCCAAAAACACCCCUGGGGAUGGAACUUUCUCUAAAUCUACUCUCAGUGAAAUCCAGCAUAGCCAAUAAUGGUCAGAAAACGGCCAUCAGUGACUUCAACGAUGAUAAAGAUGUCAUAAUACAAUCUUCUCCAGAUAAAAAUGCUCAUUGCCUGAAUGAAGGAAUUGAUAACUCAAAUAUGGCCAUACAGGAAAGAUCUUCUCCAGAGCACAAUGGAACAGCCUUGCAGAACAAACUGGCGGAUAUGCAUAACAAUCCUUUCCAAAGAUUUCCACCAAAUGAAAUCUUUGAAACUGAGGAGUACCGAGUGGAAGAAAGUGCUGAUAAAAUAUCUUCCAUGGAGAAUCCUAUAAUACUAGGUAACGUUCAGACAGUGGGGGGAGAUCAAGAUGUGACUUCAGACAGUGGGAAAGAUAAUUCAUUAAAAAGCAGUAACUCUGAGAAGUGCAGCUUACAGGAAAAUAAAGAGAUUCCUUUAGAAGAUGACAGGGACCACAUUAUUCCCCCAGUGCUGGAAGCUCAGACAACAAACAAUUCUGACUGGGAGUCCCACUUGCAGGGUCAACCCUUGGAAGCUGACCUGUCUAUCAGCCACGACAGUACAACUUCGUUAACAAGACCGAAGUCACUGCAUCACUUAGACUCGGCCCCUUCUGUGCAAAAUGCAACUGCUCUUGAGCAGGAGAGCACAACCUGCUCCUCUGAAGAUUUAGUAUCUGGAGGUGCUGCCUUGCUUAAAGAUGAUUUACAGCAUCCCCCGUGUACAGAGGCAUCUUCUACAGCAGAACACGGCCUCUUUAUACCGCACGGUGUGCCAGGAAAUCUAGUAGUGCCAUGUAGAGAGAGGACCUCUGCCGCUCUCUCUCCUCCCUUCCAAGAUGGCCAGCGACGGCCUUCUAAUGUAUCACAGUAUGAUAACCUGUCCGAAAAUGAAGAUGAGGCGCCCGCUACUAAGAAAUUGGCAGAUUCAACACCACCAACUGAACUCUGCACACCAGUAUUAAAGUCUUCUAGACCCAAGUCUGCCUCACUUGGGGAGAUAGACAAUCUCCAAAGGCAAACCCAAGAAGUGACAGAUUGGGCAGAACCGCCCAAAAACAAUGGCCCUCUCACCUCAUUCCCCAUGCUUCCACAUUCCAAACGCUGGUCUGGAGGAAGCAGCGUGCCUGUCCUUUCUGAGCCUGGUUGUGGUGCCCUCUUGCUGCUUGGAGGCCUCCAAGCCCUUGGAGGCCUCCAAGCUACUUCAUCUCCUGUGUUGCAGGAUCAGCACAGCCCCUUCAGAAUUAUAAAAACUACCACCCCUCUUCAUUUGGCUUACGCCACAGAGCAAGAUUGCUUGAGCAAAAAGCAGGUGGCUCUCCCUUUGCCAGAGGCCAGCCGCUGUCAUACAGCGGAUGGUGAAAAAUGCAAUCUUGUCCCUGGGGAAGCUGAGGUAGCCGGGGAUCGUGUUCAGAAGUUGAAAAACGUUCUGGGUGGUUCACCUGCAUUUCAGAAACCAAAAAUACCACCCAAGAUUUUCAAAGCACAUUCAGAGAACACGUUCUCUUCAACCUGUUCCCCCAUGGGGCAAAUGUCUAAAUCGGUCACAUUCUAGAAUUACUGAGAAAGAGGAAAUUUUGGUCAUAUAAUGUUUUCUGUAAGAGUUUGGAAAGGCAGAGCCUGAAGCAAAAUUAGGAAGGUGAUCGCUUCGCUCAUCAAAAUGUAUUCAGGAAUUCAGGUUAAAGUUCACAGGCCAGGCCAGGCUAGGCUGGCAGCUAAAGGCUGCAGAGAACCUCUUAUAAGAUCUGGGUUGGUCUCCAAAGUAUUUGAAUUGUAUGUCUCAUCUUUUCCCUGACCAGAUAAAUGUUUUAACAGAUUUAACUUUCUAAAAACAUCAGUAUUUCUAAACCCUUGCAGCUGAGAAAUGAAAGACAUAAUUCAGAAGACCAGCAAGUCCAAAAGGAUUUACUUUAGGAAGAAGAAAUCAGUCAGUUUUAAAUUUGGGCCAGUAAUACUUUUUUUCCCCAGUAGCAAUAGUAAUGUUGUUUUUGUUUCAAUUUAGUACUGUAGCUAAUAUACUAUUACAUAUGAAGCUGUGCAUACUAUAUAUGCCAGGGAAGUUAAUUUUCAUAGCAUCUAUGCAUAUCAAACACACAUCAUAUGUGUGUGCUUUCACUGAAAUCAGACAAUUUGGCAUGCCUUUUUAAAACUUUGGUUCCUCUUGCCCCACCAUACCUCCUUGUUUACAAUGGUGGCAUUUAUUAAAGAGAAAGGAGAUCCCAGCUGUACUUUGGUUCAAUAUGACCUUUUCAAUAUGUUACAGACACAUGGGUAGCUUCAGAGAGAAUUCCAGAUAGUGAGGUAGAAUGGUUUGCAAUAUGCUUUCCGGUGUUUCUAAGUUUGCUCAAUUCUCAACUUGUUUAUGAGAAUGGAUCCUCUAAGGAUCUAUAACAGGAAGUAUUAGUUUGGAAUGCAAGAAGUGUUCGAAUUGCACUACAACGCAACUUUCACCUCCUAAGGAAGUUGUGACAUUGCCAUCCCUUUGGAAAUACUUUUACUUUAGAUGAGUAUUGUGUUGAUUAAUAAACAGUUCUUGCACUGAUAUUAGAAGAAAAAAAAUAGAGAAAAUAUUGGUAGCUAAGACAGUUCCUAAAAGUGGAGUCUCUGAUCAAGAUUAUAACUUCCCUAGCUGUUACACAGUUGUGAAAGUAAUGCACCUCCGUUUCUCCAGGAUGCAGUUCCAAGGGUAAAGAUUCAAAUCUUUUAUUUUACUUAAAUCCAGUUGAGAUUUUUCCUCAGAGCAUGCAAAAUUCAUGGCUGCAUUCGUAGCAGUUAAAUUUAACAGAAGCAAAAGAUGGGAUCCUCUUUGGUUGAUAAAAAAUAUUUUGUAGUCUGGAUUUUCAGUUUUUCUGUAAUUAUUCUUCCUUUUGUUUUUAAUAAGGUGUGAUAACACAUUCAGGCUAUUGUAAUUCUGCAGUGCAUGCUUUUUUUUUUUUUUUACAUCAGUUACAUUUUGCAGCAUCAGAUGCACAUUAAAUACCUUCAUGCCUUAAACCCGUGACAUACAUUUCCCACUGCAAGAAUAACUAAUGAACAAUUCAAGGAAUUGUAACAAGAAAGUUAUAGUGUUACUUUAAGAUGCCAAGAAAGGGAAUCUAGUGUUUAUUGUAAAGAGUCUAUGUCCAUCCAGAUUCUGGGCUCCAAUUUGCAUGUCCUUGGGUUGUGGAUGAUGGGAAAUGCACUUCAAGAACAUGUAAAGAGUUCAAUGCUAUCUAUUACUAUUAUAAACUUGUAUUUGGAAAGAGGAAGGAGCAGACCUUGCUCCAUCUGAGCUUGGACAAUUGAAUAUUUUUAAUUUAUGCAUAUAUUUUAUCUUGUGUUCUGCUCUAUACCUACCCAGGCAGCACCAGAUUAGAAAACGUUCUUUGCUGGGCUAAUUUUUUUCCCUUUUGGUUGUUUUAGUUGUUGCUUUUUUUUUUUUUAGCUUAGCUGAUGUCCGAGUUAAAGAAAUGUUGGUCUAGAUUUCCCAGGGUGAUCAAAUGUCACACUCAUAACCUGAUGCCCAAUUUCUGGAACAAGAUGGGGUUCAGAAUUGUUGAAAGGGCAAGUUGCAUUCCUUUGUGUAGAGGACAUGCAAGUAUCUUCUUUUGAAACAGCAAAGCCCAUUUGGUUGGGUGUUUUCCCUUCUGCUGUUCUCACUCUCUCACUCUGUGUGUGUGUGUGUGUGUGUGUGUGUGUGUCUGUUGCAGAAGAACAGGUGCACCUCAGUGCUUCAUAACUGGCAAUCGGGCGAUUCACUUCUGUUUGUUUGCCAGCUGCCCUCUCACUCUUGUCCAUAAGCAAAUUUUAUAUCAGAGAAACACGGAAAGGUAGCUUUGCAUUUUGGAUCUUUUUCACUUGUUCCCAAAUGGAACCUGAUUACCUUUUUCAGCCCCAGACUGGUGGAGAGUCACUUUUAAGGGCCUUCUUAUGGCCCUUCAGUUGCUCCGGUCUCCUAAUUUUUCCCCACAGACAUAGGAGAAGGAUGUUGGCACCAUUCCCCAUUGUACUUGGGCAAGACUGUCGCUGAAUUAUGGGGCCAGGGGCAAGGCUUGCAUCUUCAGUAGAGAGGCACCUGGUAGGAAAUUGUGCUGUUUUAACAAACAAAACUGCCCAUCACCAUUCAUAUCACAUGCUUUAUUCAACAUAUAGCUGCAAUGUUAACACGCUCCCCAUUCUGCAUAGUUGCCUUAGUGCUGACUGACUCAUUGGCUAAUCAGAUCCAUAUUUUUUCAACUACAAAAAGGAGUAUUUAAUGGUCAGAAAAAUCAGUUCUUCUCCAAAUGCUACUUCAUAGGAAAAUAUUGAUGUCUUUCAAAACACAAAAACAAAAGCUUCCAUACUCUUUUUUGUUUAAGUGUGGUGUUUUUUUUUGCGAGAGACCAAAGACUUGAAACUCUGAUGAAGCACCCUACUAAAGUGUUGAACUGUAGCUGAAAGAGAUCCAGAAGCUCUUAUUCUUUGAAAGAAUGGACUAUGACAAGAAGACAAAUAAUUUGCUUAUGUACCUUCAAAAGAUGCAGCAUUUUUAUUUGAGUAGUCUCUUUGAAGCAAAUCCAGACGCCAAAACAAUUUACCCACAAAAUUUAAUUUCAUCAGCAUGCCUUUUAGGUGGAGUGAAGUCCGAGAAAGGAACAUCCUUAUUCUCAAGGCAUUAAUAUAUCCUCUUUUAAUAUUAGGUAAGACAAUACUUUGAAUCCAGAUAACAACACACAUACACACAAACCUAUUUGGCCAUGCAGAGGUUAAUCUUGUAUAAUGGUAUCAAUCUUGUGUAAAGUUACAGAAGAAAAUUUGUUUCCUAGUUGAAAGUAGUUCCUGCCUAGAGGAUGAGACAGGUUACUCAUCCAUGUGCGUAUUAUUUAAAACUGUACCUGUCUUAUUUAUGUUGGCAAUUCAAAUAUAGCUUUACAUGUAGGCAUGUAUCACGCUGCAUACUGUAUUAUGAAAAGAUAUUCAUUAUGAUUACAGUUGAGCAGAUGUUUAAAACCUGAAUAAACUAUAGUUUUAGAUGUGCUUUGAGAUGUAGCAUUUUCUAAUAAUGCAGCCACCAAAGUAAAACUGGAAGCUAAUGCUUAAGGCUUCCCAGUAUAACUUCUGGGCCAAAAAGAUUUCCUUUCUAUGAAUGAAGUGGACAUCUAAAGUGUUUUGGAAAUCAAGAAUAAUGCCUGGUUAUUUUCUAAAUCCUCUGAAUGCCCAAUCCAUCUAUUGCUCUUUUACCUCCUCCUCUUCUGCCUUCUCUUUUCCCCAUUUGUUCCAAAGACAAUUUGAAAGCAGUCUUUGCAAAGGCGGGGUGGUGGACCUAAAUGCCAUGUUUAUGCCACUUUAAACCAACAAGCAUGCCCCAUGAGAACAACAGUAUCCAAUGCUGGGGUGAUAUUCCAAGUGAUGAGGGGAGCAGUUGAACUUGGUAGUUUUCCAACCAUCUUUUAACUUGUGGAUUACAGGAUAGAGCGAAUCUUUGAAAGUGUUUCACCACAACCCAAUCAACCAUCCCAGGGAAACGUUCAGUAAAUCUCAAGUGUACUCUUGGGCUAAGGAAUUCCGCUGGAGUGCCUAAGAAUGAGGAUUAAACAGACUGAUUAGGAUAUUAAGAAGACCCAACCCAGGCACUCCAGUGAGAUCAUGAUGUUUAAUCAUGCAAGCCCUAUUUUGGGGGUUUUCAUCACUAGAGGCUAGUUGAGAUAGAAAAGAUAUUCUGACAGCAUUAGAGGUGUGGAAGCCUUUUACUUCCACAAUAUCCUUCCACAAACGAGGUUACUAUAUUAAAGGAGUUAUAUGGGUUUCUGUCUAGACUUCAGUAAUGCCUGGUUUGGUUUUGAUCAGAUUAAUCCUCUAUGAGGCAGUUUGUUUUGGUUUUGAUGCCGUUAUGCCCCAGGCUAUUGCAUUUUGGGGAGAUGUAACAAGCUGUUAAGAACAAAGCCAGCCGAGCUCCUGCAUGGAAGCAAACUUUGACCAGCCCUGGCACCAAAUGUGUCUAAAUGUUCCUUAGUAGGAGAAAUGGGCAGUAUUCCUUCAGAAACUCACGAAAGCAUCAGGGAACCCCCUGAUUCCCGAAGUAGAGCUAAGAUGUAUGUUGUUUUAAAGCCUAAAAUGUUAUCUUGGCAGACCAGCUCCAACUCUUGGAUCAGAACAGUGCAGGCACGAGGCAGAGAUUCAACUCUGGAUUCGGGACACUUUCUCAACUGCUGCCCUGCAGUUCAGUAGAUGUCCACGUUUGUGCAUUUUGAUACGUUUGUGCAUUUUGAUAUGUCUGCCACCACUGUAACCCUAAAAUGUGCCAUGUUAACAGCUACUUUUGACACCUCAAGAGAGCUUCUGUGGUAAUUCUGUGUGAUGUAGUCUUGCCGUCAUUCUCUUUUAUGUCUGUGCU